AUGACGUGUGUGCGCACUCCUCGUUACUCUUUGUUAUUAGGUGGCUCCAUCCAUGGUUUUUUUGAGGCCAAACGUGGGUUAAGACAGGGAGACCCUCUGUCUCCUCUUCUUUUUGUCAUUUGUAUGGAAUAUUUAUCUCGCAUAUUAGCUAAAGUUGCUUGUAAGCACGAUUUUCAUUUCCACCACAGAUGUACAGAGCUUAAACUUACUCAUUUGUGUUUCGCGGACAAUAUCAUUCUGUUCUGUAGAGGUGAUAUCAUUUCAAUCUUGCGCCUGCUUCAAGGCUUUAAGUGGUUUUCAGUGUCUUCUGGUUUGCAAGCGAAUGUGAACAAAUCGGCCUUUUAUUGUCAUGGUAUGCCAGAAGAGGAUGUGAAACGUAUUCACCUUGCUUCAGGGUUCAGUAAAAGUCAGCUCCCCUUUCGUUACCUUGGAAUUCCAAUAUGCUUUAAGCGCCUCAGUAUGGCUGAAUGCUCUGUUUUGGCUGAGAAGAUGUUGCAUAGAAUUCGAAUUUGGAGUUCUCGACACUUGUCUCUUGCAGCCUGGGGUAUAGUGUGUAAGAGGAGGAUUGAUGGAGGUUUGGGUGUGAAGGAUAUAUUCUUAUGGAACUUAGCUGCUAUGGGGAAGCAUGUCUGGCAUAUUUCCAUGAAUAAAGAGAGUCUUUGGGUGAAAUGGGUCCAUGUUGUUUACCUCAGGGGUCUUGAGUGGUGGGAGUACUCGGCUACAAAUGAUAGUAGCUGCAAACCAGAUUCUGCUAUGAUGCAAUUUGGCACAGGGGUUCCUCUUUGCAUAGGUGAGGUUUAUCUUUGGAAUACUAGUAUUAGUAUUGGGUCUCUUCAUGUUGAUUCUUAUUACAGUGUUAGAACUAGAUCAUGCAUAAUCUUCACGGGGUAUGUUUUGGAUAGGACUGCUAGAGUACAGAGGUUCCGGGGAUUCUUUUGGAAAGCAGCUAGAAUAGGUGGGUAA